AUUCAAAUACAAACAUUGCAAUUCAGUUAAAAAGUGUUCUUUAUAAAUUGUGAAAUAAUGUUGCGCGAGGCGCGGAGAAUUGCGGGUCGUGUAUUGCCGGAUCCCACUGGGGGUUAAUUUUUGUGAUUGUGCAAAAAGAUUACGCCAACGCUGUACGACUGAGUGAAACAGUCUGGAAUAGACAAGUCAGUCAAUGGGAAGCAGGGAAGGAGUGUAUAAAGCAGGAAUGCGCUGUAGAUGCAUAAUUGACUUACUCUGGCGUUACUCACAGAAGCGGAGAAUGAAAACUUGGGACGCGUUGACGCCUAGCUCAAAGGGGACACUUUCUUUUGUGUCGUUACUGUAAAAAAAGAACCUCAGCUGCGCGCAUUAAAAAAAUCACAAGGAAUAAUGUGGAAAUGUUACCAGCCGCAACACAGAGAAGUGGGGAGCUCCGGGAUCAGCACCAAUCCCGGGAGGCGUGACAGAAUAAUUUUUAUUUCAACAGGCGAGUGGAAUUAAAACCGUCGACAUGACAAUCACAGUAGAAGAUCCAGCUACGAAGAGCCAGGAAAGGUUUCAUUGUGAACCAGAUGUUCCUUUGCCUCCUAAAGCACCACGGCCAAGAUAUAGACCCAGAGACAAUAAAGGACCCAAAGCAAAAGUCAACAUGCGUUCUCCUUCUGGGUUUUUCAUUAUAUUAGGGCUGUUUAUUGUCAUGGUGGGGAUUGCUAUUGCAGUUGUCGGCUACUGGCCACAUAAGCACAAUUCUCAAAUGUCAGCAAAUCGUGAAGGUACGAACACUAGUGAAUUGAGUGUUGAGACCCAACAUGCGAGACUAAAGCUUCAGUCUCAACCUGGGCUCAAGCAUGAGAAGCUGAAGUUGAUUGGCCCAUUGAUUAUGGGAUUUGGGUUGUUCAUUUUCAUUUGUGCAAACACAGUGCUGCACGAAAACCGAGAUAGAGAAACCAAACUUUUAGCACAAAGAAAUAUUUAUUCUCUGGCUGGCCAAGCCUGCAAUGGAGAGAAUAAAGAACCAAAACAGAUUCAACACAGUCCCACUCCAACCUCCAUAGACGCCAACUUUCAAUAUUUGGAGCAGUACUGUGCUACUGAAAAGGCCUGCAGGGCAAAACAAGGUCAAGCAGAGAUAUGGGCCGAUUGUCACAUGUCUGUUAAACAGAAGAUUACUGCCCAGCUGCUGCAUCACAAAAGACCUUCUCCUUCCAUCUCUCUUCACAGUGUCCAGUCAGACUCUUGCAACUCCAGUGAAAGAAAUCUCAAUGUCCCCUUGAACUGCAGUAUUGAUGCCUUGGCUUCUGCAUCUGUAGUAUUACCGGUUAUUAAACUUAACAAUUGCAUCAUAGAUACUCCUGAUAUUACUGCGGUGAUGGAGGAUGUUGAACUAGACCAGAAAAUCGUCAUGGUUUCCACUGAAGAUGUAAGCCACCUGCAGAACUAUGGUUACAUUCGGUCCAGCAGUAUCCGCAGUGCCGAUGAUGCUUCUCAGCUUGUGGACAUGGACUAUUCCUUGCCCAGUAAAUCAUUCUCCACCAGGUUCAUUGGAAAGUUGUUAUCUCCAGGCAUCACCAGGAAAGUGUAUGGUUCAGACAUGCAACUGCACAGGACGUGUGCUUACUCCAAAUCAUUUGACCUUGGGAAGGAUACGAGUCAGCUCAGUAAACACCAGGUCGAGCAAAAACACAGGAGCUGGCCACGUUUGGAAUGCAGUUACAUUAAAAAGUAUCUGAGACUGGAAAACAGAGAAGACUGUGUGGACAGAUUACUCGAACAGAUUGAGCGUGAGUAUGCCACUGAGGAACAAAACUUUCAGGAACUCAGCACCCCAGAGGAAUGAAAGAAAUAAAGACUUUUGUAAAUUAGAAAUGUAUUGUACUUCUUAAAAUAUAUUCUUCAGGUAGCCAUUUCCAAGAAACCCCCUUGAUUGCGGACAAUUGAAAAUAUUCUUGGCUGACAGGAAGUUAAUGUCCCUGUUUUUGAUCAUAGUUGCAAUUAAGAUCAACACAGUGUGG